AUGACCUGGAUGAUCUUGUCGACGGCGCUGUUGUGGACUUCUCUGGUUCUGCCGCAACAGGCGCUUGGCACGGCGGUGGACUCUGCACGGUUGCAAGCUGAGGCUCGGGCGAAGUACACCAAGGCGCACUCGUUAGCGGACGCUGGCAAACCCUUCAACUUCUCUACGCGCGAUGGCUGGCAGACUAUCAACAUCACCGACUUGAACUACAAAUACCAGCGCAAUCUGGAAACCGCUAUUGAUCAAUCUGACACCGACCUCAAGCCGAAUGAAAACCGCUUCGAGAACCAUGAGGAUCGCCAACACUCGAGCGGCGGACAUCAUUUCUGGGACAGGAAGACAACCAAGACGAAGAAGAAAGGCAAGAAACAUAGCAAGAAACCUACCAAGAAACCCGCCAAGAAGAAUCACGCGUCCAAGGUGAACGCUGCUGCGAAGGGGGAUUCCGCGACGACUCAAGUUCUGGCCAACGUGGACGGCGCGGUGAAAGACCUGUCCCAAAUAAUGUCCGGUAUAGGCGAGAAGGAAGAUGUUAUCAUAACUUGGUAUACCGGAGAGGAUCUCUUAAACCCGAGCUGCUGGCCAGAGUCGGACUGGGCGCCGACAGAUGCCUCCUUCGUGGCGGCAUUGACAUUGGACGGAUGGACGAGCAAACCACAGUGUUUCAAGUUCCUCGAGAUUUGCCACACUCCGCAGAAAUGCAUCUUCGUCAGAGUCGUGGACACCUGUGCAGGAUGUGCUUCGGGUUCCAAGCACGUAGAUCUUACCCGAGCAGCGUUCGGCGAGCUCGCCGAUUUUGAUGAAGGGAUCUUGACCGUUCAGAUGAGGCUCGCCACUGACCCGAACGAUGACUGGUUCGACGAGCUGUGGGGUCCGAAACCGGGUGCAAACUAA